AUCAAUUCUUCAAUCAAACAAAUAACUGACUACCUACCUAUCGAAGUUUUAAAAAGAAGUUUAAAAGUUUUGAACUCAAAAUCAAUGCAAAUGCAAGAAAAGCAUUUUGCUCAUAAUUCAGAUAGGUACGUACUUAGCAGAUCCGAUUCUUUUAUUUUGACUUGAAACAUUAGUGUAACGUAGGUAAUUGCACAUUUUGUUAUGCAGUGAUUUUGUAUAUUCUUGAAUCAAAAAAGCACGUGCCCGUCGAUACCAAUCCAAAUAUUUUUUUUCCAAAAUGGAUAUCGAAGACAGAAAGUAUUCGCUGGUCGAAUUGGAAAGAUAUUCUUAUCGAAUUUUGCAGCAGAUCGCCAAAUCCUUAUGUCUGCCAUCUAACGUAAAGAAAAUGUACUUGAUUGAGAUGAUUCAUGCAAAGAAGUUCAAAUCCGAGGAGGAGCUGAAUGCUAUCAUUAAGAAGGUGAAGCGAGAACGCCAGCAGGCCUCACAGGGUAAGAAGAAAGUGGCCCGCAAACAGACAUUCCUUCAGGGCACAGAAAUAUCUUCAACCAGCAACAGUCUAUCACCACCAAUCUCAAUGACUCCGAAACGUGCCGGACACAUAGUGAUCCGUUGUAGCCCAGAAAAUAUACGUGAAGCUAUAGCCAAAUACAAUGCAAGACAACAUUUGACCCGUAGCUCGACAGCCGUAAGGAAAACUUAUUCAUCCCCGAAGAAAAGCGAUAGAGUUCUACGUAGCUUCAACAUCAAAACUAAUAACGAUACUAAAAUCAUAGAAAAUAAGAAAUCUACAUUAAUAUCCAGUAAUGUAGCAACUUUUGCUAAUAAUAAUUCUGUAUUCAGUGUUCUAAGGCCUGAAAAUGUGAAGGAAUCACAAGAACAGAGGUUCCCAAAAAUGAUUGCAGAGAACUGUAUGGUGAAGAGGUAUAAACCAGUUUUGAAUAGACACCCUUUUGGCCUGGAUCCUGAGAGGAGUCAGUUGAUACCUGUGACUAGAAAUGUGGGCACCAACCCAAUGGUCCCAGCAAAACGCCAGAGGGUCCUAAGCGGAAUAUACCCCAUCAUACCAAAAGAACCGCCCAAAAUUACCUACGAAAUAAUCCAAAGCGUAGGCUUCCGUCGUCAGGACGGGAAGAUCUCAAAAAUCAAUGCUGUUGUCCAAAAACGAAGUGAGAUUCCUCAAAUCCAGGUCACAGUGCAAGAUAUCAUUAACAAAAGCAUCACUCAGACGUUAAGUAACCCAUAUGUGAAUACUGAAACAGGUACUAAUCUAACAUAUUCUAAUAUCAACGCGCAAGAUGUUGAUGCUUUAAAAACUGAAAUGCUUCGCUCAAAUGUAGAUGAGAAAAAUGAAAUAUGUAACAAUAUAGAUCAAAGAAACGACAAAUAUGGUAUGGUUGACAGAAAUGAAGGACAUAGUAACAUAGAUAAUAGAAAUGAUAGAUAUGGCAAUUCAGAUCAAAGAAAUGAGAGAUAUGAUAGUAAUAUGGAAGGGACUGAAUGUCCAUACUCGGUGUAUUAUCAUAAGAAGAUAAGGGGUGAACAAGUGAGAUCUCAAAGAAGUUACCAAAGGGAGGUUUCGAGGGAGGAAGAAAGAUUGCCGACGAUAGAUAGUGUGUUUAGUAGAUUCAAUGCUCAUACGGAUGUCACUCAGCCCAUUUAUGUUCAAGUUAGUGACGAAUCAGAGAAAUUCCAGUCUCACCCGCUGCACUCAUCUCUAACGAGUACUACCCCGCUGCUAGAACAACUGUACAACUUCCGCAGCGGGUUCCUGGUGAACCAGCCGCUGCUGAGCGUGGCCACCACCACCGCCACCAACUGCGUCUAUAGCACACCGGUCAUUGCUACUGCGGUCCCCCAGCCCUCGCUUGCGCCGGACUAUACUUCGGCAGCGUGCGAGCGGGAUAACUACUAUUCUGACUUGGCCGGGUUCCCGAGAAUUUGUGAGUUGCUGAAGUUUGGGGAACAGGAGAACAUACACAGGAAUUUCAGAUGUGACGAAGAAUUAAGCACGAGCUCAUCUCUGGACGACGCAGCGCCUCAGGAGCUGGGCGCGACGGUCACUAUACCGGAGAUGGUGGAGGACGCGCUUGAACUCAUCAGCCAGGACGGGGACUACAUGGAGCGAAUAGGCAUGGACGUCCGAAUGCAAUGUCUCCUGUGCACGUUCGUUUGCCCGAAGUUUCUACUGGAAUAUCAUAUUAGAAAGGAGCAUUCGAACCUGAUCCACCAUCAGGAGCACAACUCGUGGACAAUGAGUUUUCCGCUCGGUUCUUUGCUGAAAUCUAAUAGCGUCACAGUGCUGUCUCACGACGCCGCUUUGUUCGUGUUAUCUGUUAACUACCACAUUGAUUGCUUGUACACCACUGUGCAUAGUCUCGUAACAGAUACUAACCUGCCUAAAAAUGGGUCAAUCACAAUCUACAACAAAGUAACAGGCGAACCUCAUACUUGGGAGGGUGAAAUACAAACUUUACCACACGACUUUGCUUACAACAACACGGACGGACUGAAAGUUGAAGUGUCUAAACUCGAUUUACUACCAAAUAGUGCCAAUUUAAAACUACUAAAUGGUAAUUUGGUGUUAAAAUCUCCUACCAAUGUUGUUAUUGGUCAGCCCGAUUUGAAUGAUAUCCAUGUUAUUUUGUUUGUUAAGAUAAAUGAUUAAAAAAUUUGUUUAUUUUUUUUUUGUUAAGUAGCAAUAUCCCAAUCAAUAUGUUUUUUUUUCUUUAUACAGAAUUCUUAUUAAGACUUUAGCUUCUUUAAGUUAAAAUGCUGUGUCUCUCUCUUUACAAUAUUUGACGUUGAAAUACGAAAAAAAGAUUCUAAAAUUACUUCUUAUUUAAGGAAAUUUAAAAACGUAGGUUUUAAUAAAGUUCUAAAUAAAAGAAAACCUGUUUUUAAAAUUGUUUAAUUUUUGGAAAUUCUUUUUUUUUAACUUUGUCAAAUUUUGGGAAAUAAUUUAUUGUUAAGAAUAGUUUAACUUAUUCUUUUAACAAUUGUUCGUUCUGUACAAUGUUAAUAGUUUUAAUUCGAAAACAUUAACAUUUGCAUUGCAUUAAGAUAUAUUUUUCCAAAUGCAGACAAGUUAUUUCAAAAUUGUAUGUAAUAAUAUAAUCGAUAUUUUAAUUGUUUUUUUCAAUUUUUUUUUAUUUUUGUAGGUUAGUUACCGAAAUUAUGGUUGGAAAAUAUUGUUUUGUUCAAGCUUCAUAAAAAUUACACUAUUUCCAUUAUUAAGGAUUUUUUAAAUAUUGAUGUGAGAGAAUGCAUCAUUAAAUGCUUUCAGUUUUCGGGAAAAAUCUCUAUUUAAGUUUUUUCAGAGUGUAGAGAUUAUUUUAUUUACUCUGAAUAUUGUUUUAAGUUAUAUUGAGAAGACAUAUAAUAAUAACCAUUUGAAUAUUAUUUUUUAAUACAUACCUCUGUAUCGUCUGUAUCAGAUUUUACAAAACAUGUAAUUUUGUAAGAUUUUUCAUAUUUCCUUUUUUUAAACUUUUAUAAUCAUGUUGAUUUGAGUAAUCAUUGUUGAAAAAAUAUCUUUAGUUACGUUAUUUAAUAAUAUUUUAAUUUAGUUAUCUUUCCGUGGAAAGGAAAUUUAUUACACGAAAUAAGAAUGUUCGAAUAAAAAAAUACAUUACAUGUGUGUAAUUAAUUUCUCUUCGAUGAUUUUGUUACUCUUUUUAAAAGUAGUUGUGGGACCAAAAAAUAAAAAGAUAUUUUUGAAUUGUUUAAUAUGUUCUAAGUAUCUACUUACUUACCAAUAAUGUGUCAUGAAAAGUUCCUAUUUUUUACUAGUGUAUAAUUAUAUUUUAUAAGAACAUCGAAGUUAUUUGUUAAGACUGAUUAUUCUGAAGUUAUUGUUUGAUCUCUGUUAUUGUAAUAAGGUUGAUUUUUAAAACAUUUAUCAUGACGUUGUUUAUAAGGUUGAUUAAAGACUUUCAAUUUA